AUGGUGAUGGUUCCAGUUGAGGCGCAGCACCAGUGCAGGAUGCAACUGAAGGAUUUCUUCACUGUAGCUCAGUUCAUUAAAACCCGCUGUGAUCACGGCCUGAAAGCUGGAGAACCUACCAAUGUUAAAAAUUAUGUUUUCUUUGAGGUGGAGAUUCUGGAUUCCAUCAGCAGGACGAAGCUCUGUUACCUGGAUAAAGUCGAGCCGAGCGCCACCGUCGCAGAAAUCAAGCAGCAGCUGCACAAAAUAUAUCCUAAAUGGGCUCCAACAAGACAAGCACUGCUGCUGCACCCUGAGGGAAAAGCUUUAAAAGAUCAAGAGAUUUUAGAAGAUUUACCAGUAGGGACGAUGGCGACUCUGUUCCUGCAGGAUCUCGGUCCUCAGCUCGGCUGGACGAUGGUGUUUUUGGCUGAAAGUUUUGGGCCCCUUUUUAUUUAUCUGAUCUUUUAUUAUCGGCUUCCAUUUAUCUACAAUCACCAGCACGACUACACAAAGAGUCCUCACACUGUCGUCAGGUUGGCGUGUUGGUGUCACUCACUACACUACAGUAAGAAACUGCUGGAGACCAUUUUUAUUCAUCGCUUUUCACACGGAACUCUGCCGAUAAACACCAUCAUCCUGAAUUGUUUGUAUUAUUGGGGAUUUGCAGCCUGGUUAUCGUACUACAUCAACCAUCCUCUCUACACCACACCACUGUACGGGAAGCUUCAGAUCUACUCGUCCUUCAUCACGUUUCUGAUCUGUGAGACCGGAAACUUCUUCAUCCACCUGAAACUGAACAAGACCAGCAGCAAUGGGUCGAGACCCACGCAGAUCCCGUACCCCAGUAAGAACCCCUUCACCUGGCUCUUCUUCUUUGUCUCCUGCCCCAACUACACCUACGAGGUGGGGUCGUGGAUGAGCUUCACCGUGAUGACUCAGUGUGUUCCAGUGGGCGUGUUCACGCUGAUCGCGUUUGUACAGAUGACGAUCUGGGCUCGAGGGAAACAUCAAACCUACAUGAAGGAAUGUAAAGAUUAUCCUGAGCUCAGAACCUCCAUCAUUCCAUUGUUCCUCUGAUCCUGAACCCUCCUCAUCCAGCCCCCCCCACACACACACACACACACAGCGCAUGUAUAAUAAUCGUUUAUAUGUUCUAACAUCAUUUCAUUCAGUCACUAACGACCUGCCCUAUCACUGCUCUCGGCCAAUCAGAGAUCACGGUUCUUCUACACUCAGAGAUUGAGGGCGUUUAUCUCUGGUCUGUCAUGCAGAGCACUGGUUCAGGUUUAAGUCAGUUUAGCAGUACAGUGGGCUUUGAUUGGCUGGGAGCAGCACAGAGAGUUCUGAUUGGCUGGGAGCAGCACAGAGAGUUCUGAUUGACUGGAAGCAGUACAAAGAGCUCUGAUUGGCUGGGAGCAGUACAGCGAGCUCUGAUUGGCUGGGACUUCAACUGAGAAGCACAGAGAGCAAAAAAGCACAACGUUUAUAUUUACACAUAAAACAUGAAACUGUACAGAAUUCUACUGUCCAGGGUUCCAAACACCCACAGCAUUUAGUUUAUCUUCAAUUUAACAUUUUAUAAACAAUAAAAACAGAAAAUGUGACAUGAGCAAAUGUUUUUAUUCUUUUAUGCUCUGAAUUCAUUUAUUAGAUCAGUAAUAGAAUUAUAUAAUAGAAUUAUAAGAUGCUGCUUGACGUUUGUCCAAAAUAAAGAUUUCUGGAUGAACUCAGGGACAAAACUUAAAUAAAAAACUUACAAUAAAAAAGUACAAAUAAAAUAUUUAUUAAUAAAUGAUUAAUGCAGAUUUUUGUAUAAAAGAGCAUCA